AUGUCUUUUUUAUAUAAUAUGAUUUUUGGCAAAGUUAAGGAAUCAGAAGAUCCAACAGGUAUAACUAACAACGCGUCCACAAAUAACAAAGAUGCAAGUUCAACCAGUGAACCAGUUGUAGAACAAAAAUUUACUUUACGUACCUUGAAUAAAUAUAAUGGACAUGACGAUCCAAGAAUUUUUAUUGCAGUUAAUGGAAAUGUUUAUGACUGUACUCCUGGUAGACAAUUCUAUGGACCAAGUGGCCCAUAUAAUAAUUUUGCAGGAUCUGAUGCCUCAAGAGGUUUAGCGCUUAAUAGUUUUGACAGUGAAAAUAUUAGAGAAUGGGAUCAGCCAAUUGAUGACUUAAGUGAUUUAUCACCCGCACAAAGGAAAUCUUUGGAAGAUUGGGAGGCUCAUUUUGCCAAAAAGUAUACACGUAUAGGUGAACUAAUUUCAGCUUCACCAGCUUAUUCAGAUGAUGAAUAA